UAAUCGUCCCCCGUGUUCUGCUGAAAUUUUGUUCCACAACAACAACACGUCUGCUGGAAAUUUUAUUUUCAUUUUUUUCCACGACAUGGAAACAGGGGACAACGCGGCACACAAUAUCAGCCUGCCUCUCCGUAACCUGCUCCAGUCCGUCAAGUGCGUGACGGCUCGGGUUCGAGACGGCGAGUCCAACGAAUCUGAUGGAGACUUUGACCUCUCCAACUUUUGGGACACUUUGAACCAAGCAGUGAAGGCCGUGUCUCAGGAAGCCACAAAAAUUAGCCUGGCCUUCUCCAAGCCGCCAUUACCGUCACAGCAGGAUGGAGAAAAACUAGCUGACUCGCUUCUCAAGAGCGUUCUCAGCCUCGCCACUGUUUAUUACUGGCUUCCCAAGAGCCGAGGCGUCAGUCUGCGUCGCCAUGUCCGAGAUGCCACCGUAGAAGUCCUAGAAGGAGUGACGCAGCUACUGGAGGUCAUCCUCACUUCACCGCUACAAAGUCUGAGUCAGGAGCAGUUGACGUCGACAGGAGGCGUGUGGUCGGCGUGCGACCGCUUUAGCCACCUGCCUAAAGACAAUAAAGCUGCUGUGUUGCUGCUUCUAAGCGGUCAGAGCGGCAUUGUAAAAGAUGCCAUCGAGGAAUUGGAGCAGGCGUUGUCCGAGACCCAUGACCCUUUUGGCGACGUCCUGGACAACGAGGAGGACGGCGACGAGCCACGGGGCAACCGUGACACGUACUGGUCGGAACGGGACCGGCGCGUGGUCGCCGCCUGCCGGGGGCUGAUGAAGGCUGCCGCCGCCUGCCUGAAGAAGAUGACGACGGCCGUCAGGGCUCACGGGGACGCCCGCGUGCCACAUUUAGUGGAACAGCUGGAUGACCUUGUUGAUGGCAGCAUGGAAAUCAGCCCCGGAGUUGACGACCUGGCUUUGUGUCUCUACCCGCCUGUGGACUACAACGGCGUGGAGAAUAAUGUGUCCAAACUGGCGGCACUGUUGAAGAAACUUCUCGCUAUAAUCAGGUCCAAUCACAUCUGCGGUGAAGCCGAAUCGUCCUGGGUUCAGUUCUUGGACGGAGCCGUGGACCACAACCUGCAAAAAGCCAAAGAUCUCAUUCAAGGGAACGGCUAAAGACAGUGUGUAUGUGUACACGUGUGCGUUUAAUGCCUGAGUUUUGGGGGAAUACACAGGAACAUGAAAAGAAUGAUAAAUAUAAAAUUUAAUUAAAAAUACAAGUUAAAUUUGGAAAACUCUCAUUUACAAAAAUCUAAAAAAGUUUAAAAUUUAAUGAAUCUAAAAAAGGUUAAAAGUGAUUAAAAAUAUAUGAAUUUAAAAAAAAAAUCUUAGGUAAAAAUUAAAAAGCACAGAAAAAAAUGAAAAAAUAAAAUAAAAAUACAAAAUUUAAAAUAGAAUUCAAAAUAAAAAGGAUUAAAAACGACCAAACUAAAAUAAAAGUUAAAAAAUAAAUAAUUACAUUUUUUUUAAAAAGAUUAACAAAAACAAAAAAUAAAUAUUAUUAAAUAUUUUUAAAAAUCCUUUAAAUAUUAUGUAUAUAUAUCUAUAUAUAAUUUCUAUAUUAAAUUUUUGUUUAUUUAAGGAUUUCCUAAUUUUUAGCUGUAUUUUUCAAUUUCUUUUCUCUACUUUGUAUUUUUUUUUAAUGUAUUCUAUUUUAAUGUACUUAUGUAUUCCUCCAAUGCUUUAUGUGUGUUUGUUAACUCAUUGGCUGCCAUUGACGGCACUAUACGUUCGCUCAUUCGCUGUCAUACCUCCCACUUUGAGUGAUUAGGAUGUUUACUAAUGAUAACUAGUGAUCAAGCCAUUUAAAUUCACAGCAGAAAGAUAAUUGGACGCCACACGAUUGGACGUCUAGCACCGUCAGUGGCACUAAAAGAGUUAAAUGUAAAUUCAGGCAUCAAAGGGUUAAACUCAUAACACCACAGUAUUGUUUGCUCAGUUUCUUUGUUGGUCAAAUAAAUUGUCUUUCAAAAACAAAUGUUGUGUUGAGCACAGUGGAAAUUUACACCUGAUCGGAGUCGUGCCUGCGCUGUGAAAAACUGGAUUUUAACUCGAACUAAAAAGGCAGGUUAGCAACAUCGAUCUUGAUGGAUGUGUCAAUCAUGAGUAAACAUACAAAAAAGUCAAAAGAAGCAAUGCCUGAAUAGACACAGGUCAACUAUUUUGGUUUUCUUUUAUUGAGAAACAAAUGUGGUCAGUUUGACAUAGCAACAUGAAAGUUUGCAGACAUGUCUUAUCAUGAGUCGACUCACAAAAAAGUGAAAAAAAGAAGCCAUCGAGAUAAACAUACAGGCGGUAGCCAUAUCGGCCAUUUCCAAGGACCCUUACUAUGACAAACUGGUCUGAGAUUUUUUUUUUUUAAUCCAGGAAAAAAAGUAAACUCCUAAGCCAGUUUGACUUAGCAACAUGAAAUUUGGUAGACAUAUCUUUAAUGGGGAGAACUACAAAAAAGUCUCAAGAAGCAAUCCUAGAAAACCCACAUGAAGUGGUCAUUUCCAGAGAUUGUCACCAUUGAAAAACACGUCCCAUAUCCCAGAUCCAGACAGACAAACUGGUAAUGGCCAACUAGCGUGACAUAGUGGUGGUGGAUAAACAUCAGAAGACAGCAGUAGUGAUAGAUAUAGCAAUCCCGAGCGAUAGCAACAUCAGGAAAAAAAAACACGAAAAGCUGGAGAAAUAUCAAGGGUUGAAGGAAGAGUCGGAGAAAAUGUGGGGAGUGAAUGCAGCAGUGGUGCCAGUAGUGAUCGGGACCCUAGGAGCAGUAACCUCCAAGCUUGGUGCAUGGCUCCAACAAAUACCAGGAACAACGUCCGACGUCUCCGUUCAGAAGAGCGCAAUCCAAAGGACAGCUAAGAUCCUAUGCAGAACCCUCAAGCUCCCAGGCCUCCGGUAGAGGACCCAAGCUUGAAAGGAGUGACCGUACUACCCGGGUGGGCGGUACGACGAUUUUUAAAAAUUAUAUAUAUAUAUAUAUAUUAGGGCUGUCAAAAUUAUCGCGUUAACGGGCGUUAAUUAAUUUUUUUAAUUAAUCACGUUAAAAUAUUUGACGCAAUUAACGCACUAGGCCCGCUCAGACAGAUUUAAAUGUCAGUACAGUGAAAGGCCAACUUGUUAAUUGUGUUUUAUGGAGGUUUUCCGCCCUCUGCUGGCGCUUGGGUGUGACUUGCAUAUGUUAUGUGGCGUAAUGUCGCCCUCUGCUGGCAAUUCAGUGCAGCUGAUUAUUUGGGUUUCGGCGCGCUUUUCUGACGUGAUUAUAUGUCGACGCGAACUCACACUAAUAGACAGUGCUAUUCAGACCAGCUAACGUCCGCAUCCAGUAUUCAGUGGCAGUUCUCAUAGCCCCAUCACACUGUUUGUGUCUAAUACAUGCAUCGCUUGUGAGCUAUAUUCCUCCUUUGUUUAUAUUCAUGAGCAUUAGAUAGUUAUUGAUGAUGUGUAUUUGAAUUUGUUCACAUAUAUGGUGAAAUGCAGUUACAUUGUUAGAUGCUUGUGAGCUAAUUGGCUAGUGCUACUGCUCAAAUGGACACGUGUGUGUACAUUUUAUGUUAUUUUGUGAUUUAUGCAAGUAAUUGACACAUUGCCUUGUUAUUUUCAGUUUUAUAAAAAUACAAGAAACGUGCUCCUGUCAAAAAGAGAUUACUUCAGUAAAGCCCAUGCAACUUUGCCACACCGUCUGAUUUCUUUUUGGAACUUAUGUUCGCUAUCUAUCAAUUUGUGUACUCACACACAUUGAGGACAGAAUAGGGCUACUAGUUUAUUUUUUGAUUGAAAUUUUUACAAAUUUUAUUAAAACGAAAACAUUAAGAGGCGUUUUAAUAUAACAUUUCUAUAACUUGUACUAAUAUUAAUCUUUUAAGAACUACAAGUCUUUCUAUCCAUGGAUCACUUUAACAGAAUGUCAAUAAUGUUAAUGCCAUCUUGUUGAUUUAUUGUUAUAAUAAACAAAUACAGUCCUUAUGUACCGUAUGUUGAAUGUAUAUAUCCAUCUUGUCUUAUCUUUCCAUUCCAACAAUAAUUUACAGAAAAAUAUGGCAUAUUUUAUAGAUGGUUUGAAUUGCGAUUAAUUGCGAUUAAUUACGAUUAAUUAAUUUUUAAGCUGUAAUUAACU